GUUCUGCCUUACUUCCUUCCCACGCCACAACAACUCAACAACACAUGGGUGACUUUUAAAGCUCAUGCCAUAAUUUCAGUUAUAUUUUAAUGUACUGAGGACUUAAUCACAAUGGGGAAGAAGAAGUCUGGGACGGGAGGUGCUGGACUUGGGAGAGCUUUAAUAAAGGAGAGACUUCAGGCUGGACGUGGAUACAGAAGGAACGAUACAUGGCUCCACACCACUGAGCUGAAUGACGGCUAUGACUGGGGCCGCCUGAACUUACAGUCAGUGACAGAGCAGAGUUCCAUGGAUGACUUCUUGGCUACUGCUGAACUGGCAGGGACAGAAUUUGUUGCAGAAAAGCUAAACAUCAAGUUCGUACCAGUGGAAUCAAGGACUGGCCUCCUGACUGCCGAGGAGACAUCGCGCAUCAAGAAACUACAUGAAGAAAAUCAACAGUGUCUCCGCAUUCCUAGGAGGCCACACUGGGAUGAAAACACAAGUUCUGAGGUUUUGCAACAGAACGAACGAGACAGUUUUUUGCUGUGGAGGCGAGAAUUGGCACAGCUGGAGGAGGAACAGAAGUUUAUUCUCACACCAUUUGAGAGAAAUCUGGACUUCUGGAGGCAGCUGUGGAGAGUCAUAGAAAGAAGCGAUGUUGUGGUUCAGAUUGUGGACGCCAGGAAUCCAUCGUUGUUCCGUUGCCCAGACCUUGAAACCUACGUGAAGGAAGUGUCUGAGCACAAGGUGAACAUGCUGCUGUUGAAUAAAGCUGACCUGUUGACACGUGAGCAGAGACGUGUGUGGGCAUGCUACUUCCAGAAGGAGGGCAUCAGAGCGGUGUUCUGGUCAGCCCUAGCAGAGGCGCAAAGGCUGGACGCAGAGGAAAAGGGAGAACAGCUGGAGGAAGACGAGGAUAAGACUGCUUCAGAAGAUGAGGAAGAAACACAGAUACCAGAGAAGAAAGAGACACAGACAGCAGAGAAGAAAGAGGAAGAGAAGCCAGAAAGUCGCUCUGGCCAGAAAAGAAAAGAAGCAGAGAAAGAGGAUGAUGAAGAGGCAUCUGAAUCAGAAGAACAAGGUGACUUGGCAUCAGACGACAGUGCAGAGGAAGAGGACUGGAACACCUGCUCAGAGGAAGAGGAUGCAGAUGACGAAGACGACGACGAAGAAGACGAAGAAAAGGAUAAGCUGGAACGUAAACGAGGGCAGAAAGAGCUCAAAUUCCGCAACUCCAGCCGGCUGCUGCGUAAAGACGAGCUGUUGGCCAUGUUCAAGUCGGCCCACUCUGGAGGACCCUCCUGUAAAGAGGGUCAGAUCACCGUGGGAUUGGUUGGUUAUCCUAACGUGGGGAAAAGUUCCACCAUCAACACCAUCUUCAGAAAUAAGAAGGUCUCCGUUUCUGCAACCCCCGGUCACACUAAGCACUUUCAGACUCUGUUUGUGGAGGCCGGCCUGUGCCUGUGUGACUGCCCCGGGCUGGUCAUGCCCUCAUUCGUCUCCACUAAGGCGGAGAUGAUCUGCAGUGGCAUCCUACCCAUCGAUCAGAUGCGAGACCACGUGCCCGCCAUUUCUCUAGUGUGUCAGACUAUUCCUCGGGCAGUAUUGGAGGGCACCUAUGGCAUAAACAUCAUUCGGCCCCGAGAGGAUGAGGACCCUGACCGACCCCCCACAGCCGAGGAGUUCCUCUCAGCUUACGGAUGCAUGAGGGGUUUCAUGACGGCACAUGGGCAACCUGACCAGCCUCGCUCAUCCCGCUACGUCCUGAAGGAUUACGUCAGUGGGAAGCUUCUGUACUGCCACCCUCCCGCCCAUAUCAACCCUAAAGACUUCCAGCCCCAGCACGCCCUCUUCCAGGAGAGGCCCCUUGACCAGGCAGAUGGCACCAACACUAAUAAGCGGUCUAAAGUCAAACGGAUAGAAAAUACAGUGGACAAACAGUUCUUCCAUCAGGAGAAUGUGCGAGCGCUGACGCGGGGGGUUCAGAUGGUGAUGGGCUACAAGCCUGGCAGCGGCCCCCAGGGGCAGGGGAACGCUGACACAGCACAGCCAGCCGGCAAGCCCUGGAAGAAACACGGAAACAGGAACAAGAAGGAGAAAGUCCGCAGACUUACGAAACACCUUGAUGCAUAACAACUGAACUGGCAACCUCUUGAUAUCCUCCUGUACUCUGGAUUAUGUAAUCCCACUGUGGAUUUGAUCUGAUCUGAUUAAACCCAAUCAUGGGUUUUGUUGAAACACAGGUACAGCAUAAUGUUUGUCAUCUUCGGGUGUAAAAUCUUUCAAAUACUCUAAAGAGUACAGACAUUCCACCUCCGCUGAAUUUUCAGUAUUGAAUCGGCACAAGAAAUAGCUCGAGUUUUUCAAGUUUCCCAAACUCAUCUGUCAGUCAGUAAUAUUGAAAAUUUAAUCAGAACAUUACAUUUCACUUUGUCAGGUCCUCUGUAUGAUGCUUGAAGUGAAAUGUAUUACUCACAUUAAAGUAUCUAUUAUACUUGGUCAAAUAUAUAAUAAUAAAUCACUUUAAAACAA